AUGCGAUGCGAUGUUUUCAACGAAGAAGAUGGGGAUUGUUCUGGAACAAAAGCCGAACAAAGUGAAGUGGACAAAAGUUCCGUGAGCUUCCUGAUCGACACCGGCGCAGACAUUUCGGUAAUUCCACCCACGCCACGUGAGCUUAUGAAUCCGAAAAAAACGGACCAGUUGUUUGCUGCAAAUGGAAGUGCCAUCAACACCUAUGGAACCAAACGCCUAAACAUCAACAUCGGACUACGUAGGCCAUUCGUGUGGGUGUUUACGAUUGCGGAUGUAAAAUCCCCUAUAAUUGGUGCCGAUUUUCUGAAACACCACGACCUUCUGGUAGACCUGCACCGCAGCAAACUAAUCGAAAACCAAAUCAAUUUGGAAAUCAACAAUAUGAACGUUGUUUCUGAGCCGCUGAUCACCACAUACGAUGUGAACUCGCCUUUCGCCGAUAUUUUACGAAAAUUUCAAGACAUCACCAUGCUAAGCAUCAACCGACGGCCAACGAAGGCGCAAACCGUCCACCAGAUUUUCACUAAUGGUCAAUCCGUCUUCUGUCGCUUUCGUUGUCUCCCAGUGGACAAGCUGAAAGAGGCCAAAGCUGAGCUCAGGUUUUUAAUGGAGCAGGGAAUUUUCCAGCCAUCGAAAAUGAUACGAUUUUACUCCGUUGAAGGUUGGAUUCAGAUUGAUUUUUUAUUGUUCGAUAAGUUCUUGACAAGGUUCCUACUGGAGACGCCUGAAGCACCGUUCUAUGUAAAAGCCAUGUACACGAUCACCAAUCCGUGA